CGCGACGUCAACUCCUUCACUCUCCUCGACGUCCUCGGCUUCGGCGCUAUGGGCAAGGUGCGGCUCGUGCGUCACAAGAGGACCGGCCUGCACUUCGCGCUCAAGGCGGUGGCGAAGGAUACGGUGACGCACCGCGGGACUCGCGCGGCGAGGCUCGUCAUCGCCGAGAGGGACGCCCUCUCAGCGCUCGAGCGGUCGCCCCACGAUCGCGUCGCCAGGAUGUUCGCCCACUUUCAGGACGCGACGUCGCUGUACAUCCUCCUCGAGUACGUCCCGGGCGGCGAGCUUCGAUCGAAGAUGCGCCGUCACGGACGUUUCAGCGAACAAGUCACCAGGUUCUUCGUCGCAGCCAUCGCGACGGCCAUCGAUCACCUCCACGCCGUCGUCGGCGUCGCGCACAGGGAUCUCAAACCGGAGAACGUGCUGCUGGACAACAGGGGGUACCCCAAGCUAUGCGACCUCGGCUCGUGCGCGCGUCUGGGUGGGCGAUCGUACUCGGCGGUGGGCACCCCCGAGUACCUCGCGCCCGAGGUGAUCGACCCGGCGGCGGGGAGGCUCGAUCUCUCCCCAACCUCGCGUACCUCGGGGUACGACGCGCGCGCGGUGGACUGGUGGGCGCUCGGGGUGUUGGCGUUCGAGAUGACGCACGGUAGGCCGCCGUUUCGGGCGAGAAACGUCCACGCGCUAUACCGCGCCAUCGCGGCUGGCGACGUGAAGUAUUCGAAAAGAUGUACCGCCGACUUCAUCGACGUCGUCGGCCGACGCGGGUUCAUGGCGCGGGAUCCGUCGAAAAGGUUGGGG